UCUUCGCAUAUAUCAAAUAACUAAAAUGAAUAUUUUUAAUAAGUAUUUUGUUACUAUUACAAUCAAUGUUCUUCCAAUUUUGAUUAUUCCAGUAACUGCAUUCGAUAAAUAUUACGACCACUUCAAAAGCAUUUCAAAUGAAUGUCACAGAAAAGAUGCAGCCGAUUGCAAUUAUUUUUUAAAAGAUGUUUGUGGAUUCCUAGAUAAUGUUCAAGAAGAUCAUAAAGUGAAUUAUAAGAGUCCUACAUUUUUAAAAGAUGAAAACGACAAUGUAGACAACGUAGAAAAGGUGAAUGGAAAAUGUUAUCGUGUUUCAAAAUUAAAGGAAUCUCAACUCAUGGUUAAACAUGACGUAUGA